AUGACCACGGUUGGGAAAGAUGGUGGUGGAACACCGCACAUGCAGUACGUUGGGCCGUACCGGCUCGAGAAGACACUGGGGAAGGGGCAGACAGGUCUUGUGAAGCUUGGGAUCCACUGUGUCACGUGUCAGAAGGUCGCCAUCAAAAUUGUCAACCGGGAGAAGCUUAGUGAGUCUGUGUUAAUGAAGGUGGAACGUGAGAUUGCUAUACUCAAACUUAUUGAACAUCCGCAUGUAUUAAAGCUGCACGAUGUCUAUGAGAACAAGAAAUAUCUAUACUUGGUUCUGGAACAUGUGUCUGGUGGAGAACUUUUUGACUACCUGGUAAAGAAAGGACGUCUCACCCCAAAGGAAGCAAGAAAAUUCUUCCGUCAGAUCAUUUCCGCUCUGGACUUCUGUCAUAGUCACUCCAUCUGUCACAGAGAUCUAAAACCUGAGAACUUACUUCUGGAUGAGAAGAACAAUAUCCGAAUAGCAGAUUUCGGCAUGGCCUCUCUGCAGGUCGGAGACAGCUUGUUGGAGACCAGUUGUGGAUCUCCACACUAUGCCUGUCCAGAAGUGAUCAGGGGUGAGAAAUAUGAUGGCAGAAAGGCUGACAUCUGGAGCUGUGGAGUCAUCUUGUUCGCUUUACUUGUGGGUGCUCUCCCAUUUGAUGAUGACAACCUAAGGCAGCUCCUGGAGAAGGUGAAACGAGGGGUCUUCCAUAUGCCACAUUUUAUUCCCCCCGAUUGUCAGAACCUCUUAUGUGGGAUGAUCGAGGUGGAUCCCAUCAAGAGAUUGACGUUAGAAAACAUUCAGAAGCACACCUGGUACAUUGGGGGAAAGAAUGAACCAGAACCAGAGCAGGCAGUUCCCAGGAAGGUACAGAUGGGGUCUUUGCCGUCGCUGGAGGACGUGGACCCUGAUGUGUUGGAAAGUAUGCACUCCCUAGGCUGCUUUAGAGACCGCAACAAAUUACUGCAGGACCUCUUGUCUGAAGAAGAGAACCAGGAGAAGAUGAUUUAUUUCCUGUUACUGGAUCGUAAGGAGCGGUAUCCCAGCCAAGAGGAUGAAGAUCUCCCACCAAGAGCAGACGUCGACCCCCCUAGAAAAAGAGUAGAUUCUCCCAUGUUGACUCGUCAUGGGAAGAGAAGGCCAGAGAGAAAAUCUAUGGAGGUGCUUAGUGGAACAGACGGCGGCUCACCAGUACCCGCACGUAGAGCUAUUGAGAUGGCACAGCAUGGGCAGAGGUCGCGAUCUAUCAGUGGUGCUUCUUCAGGACUCUCCACCAGCCCCAUCAGUAGUCCCAGGGUUACCCCUCAUCCGUCACCCCGUGGCAGCCCCCUCCCUACUCCCAAGGGAACGCCUGUGCAUACGCCCAAGGAAAGUCCGGCGGGCACCCCUUCCCCUACCCCUCCAUCCAGCCCAAGUAUUGGUGGAAUGCCUUGGAGGACAAGACUGAAUUCAAUCAAGAACAAUUUCCUGGGUUCACCGAGAUUCCAUCGCCGCAAACUUCAAGUUCCCACAGCAGAUGAAAUGACCAACCUGACACCAGAAUCAUCUCCAGAACUGGCCAAAAAGUCUUGGUUUGGUAACUUCCUCACUUUGGAGAAGGAGGAUCAGAUCUUUGUGGUCAUUAAGGACAAGCCUUUAAGCUCCAUUAAAGCUGACAUAGUACAAGCCUUUCUUUCGAUCCCAAGUCUCAGUCACAGUGUGAUAUCACAAACCAGUUUCCGAGCUGAGUACAAGUCCACAGGGGGUCCAUCGGUCUUCCAGAAGCCAGUGAAGUUUCAAGUGGAUAUUACAUAUUCAGAAAGCGGAGAGAAGCAGAAGGACUGUGGGAUUUACUCAGUCACCUUUACUCUGCUAUCAGGUCCCAGCAGAAGGUUUAAACGGGUUGUGGAGACAAUUCAGACUCAGCUCCUGAGUUCCCACGAACAGCCGUCUGUAUUGCAACUUUCAGACACAAAUAACUGUAUGGAGUAUCUCAGUGGGAAGAUCUCAAAAUGUGACGAGAAGAACGGUCACGCUUCUCCCGCCCCCGGGCCCCUCAGCAAGCAGCGUCCGAGUGAUAAUAAGGAGCAGGGGCCCCUGGGAGCCAGCGGGAAGGAGAGAGCCAGGAAAACCAGCCCCGUCAUCACUCAGGAGGCCCCUGUCCCUGCUUCCCCCAGCAAACAGGGCACAUAACAGAGGAAUUACCCUACUGUGACCCCAAGAUGUCACUAAAACCCAAUGAUACUACAGGGAGUAUGCCCUGCAAUGCACUCAGCGAACAGCAGGUGGCAGUGUCACUAUAGGAAUGUAUGACCGGGUCACCUGUAGUGAACCAAUGAAGACCUUCUGUAUAAUCAUGGGAGAAUGUCGCAUACGCCUGUAGUACACACAGUGACAUUGUGCAAGCGUUUUCCGUCCGGUGU